AUGGCAGAAGUUGCAGAAAUGACUGUUCCAGAAAGGAAUUGGUUGGAGCUCCCAUCUGAUGUAACAGCGAAUAUUCUACACAGAAUUGGUUUUGUUGACAUACUUGAGAAUGCCCAAAAAGUUUGCACUACUUGGCGUAAAAUCUGCAAAGACCCUGCAAUGUGGAGGAUCAUUUAUAUGAAGAAUUAUUCAGGGAAAGUUCAACAGCUACGGGAGAUAUUUAAGAAUGCUGUUGAUCGAAGCCAAGGCCAACUGGUUGAUCUCACCAUGGUGUAUUUUGCCAAUGAUGAGCUUCUUCUGUUUGUUGCUGAUAGGUGGAUUAUCGGGGGGAGCACGGGGUUGAUUUGCAGACAUAUUCAUCAUCCUCAUAACCAUUUCCAUUUGUUCUUUCAUUUGUUGUUGUUGUUGUUGUUGUUCCAUGGUGAUGGUGGUGGUGGUGGUGAUGGUGGUGGUGGAGGUGGUGGUGAUGGUGAUGGUGAUGACGGUGACGGUGAUGACGGUGAUGAUGGUGGUGGUGGUUGUGGUGAUGAUGAUCAUCAUCAUCAUGAUGAUCAUGAUGAUCAUGAUGAUGGUGAUGGUGGUGAUGAUGAUGAUGGUGAUUAUGAUGAUGAUGUUGAUGAUGAUGAUGAUGUAUAUGAGUUUGUGAGAUGUAUGUGA